CGUGACUCACCACCCCUCUCUCUCCCUCUCCCUUUCCCUCUCUCUGUGAAAAGAAAAAGCCCAUCGCUUUUCCUCAGCGAUCAAUUAUAUCAAUCAAAACCCCCCGCCCCCUCAAACUCAAAUCCUUCUCCCUCCUCUUUUCGUCGUUUACAUCAAUCUCUCUCUUUUUUUCUCUCUCUGUAUUUCCAUAUAUAUAUAUAUUGGUGUUUCUUUCUUGGAAGGUGUGGAUGCGGAUUUGGAUGCCAAGCCUUUGAUAUUUGAAUGCUGGUGUAUGAGAAAGGAGAUUUGGAUUCAAAUGCCCGGAUCUGCUGGUGGUCAUAUGACCUCCAGCUUGAAAACUCAGAACAAUUCUAGUGUGUAAUCAAAUGUUUUUUGGUCUAAGAACUUCUCUUAGAUUGAAAAUGUCUUUUAUGGGGUAAGAAGUGGGGGCGAAAUGGUUUUACAUUCCAGAUAUUUAAAGACAUGGAGGAGACAAGAGAUGAUGCAGGGCCAGCAGAGCAAGGGACUUCAAAUGCUUCAUGGUGGCCUUCAGAUUUCGUGGAAAAUUUUGGAUCUGUUUCUUUGGGGUCUCAAGGAGAGACCUUAGGUAAUAAAGAAUCCCCUAGAAGUUCUGAGGAAGAUCGGUUAACGCCUCAAAGAGCAUCUCAAAUUCUCUGGCGCACUGGAAUGCUUUCUGAAAAGAUUCCAAAUGGCUUCUAUUCUGUCAUUCCGGAGAAAAGGCUGAAGGAGCUUUUUGAUGCUAUUCCUACUCUGGAUGAGCUUCAUGCUUUGGGAGGUGAGGGUUUCAAAGCUGAUAUCAUUCUUGUAGAUAGCGAGAAAGAUAAAAAGCUAUCUAUGCUGAAGCAGCUGAUUGCGGCACUGGUGAAAGGGCUGAGCUCAAAUCCUCAUGCAAUGAUAAAAAAGAUUGCCGGACUGGUCUCUGAUUUUUAUAAACGGCCGAAUUUGGAAAGUCCUGCGAAGUCUGCUCUAGAAGAAGUUUCCCACAUGUUUGAAAAUCGAGGCGUUCAGAUGCUGGGUCAAAUAAGGCAUGGUUCAUGUCGUCCUAGAGCAAUCUUAUUUAAAGUUCUAGCAGAUACUGUAGGUCUUGAAAGUAGGCUCAUGGUGGGUUUGCCAAAUGAAGGGGUUGUUGAGUGUGUAGACUCUUAUAAGCAUAUGUCGGUGAUUGUUAUGUUGAAUUCUGUGGAACUAUUGGUCGAUCUUAUGCGGUAUCCUGGCCAGCUGCUACCCCGAUCAACCAAGGCACUUUUUAUGACCCAUAUUUCAGCAGCAGGGGAGAGUGAUUCAGCAGAAAAUGACUCCUGUGAUUCACCACUGGAACCAAAUAGUCCUCUUUAUGGCUUUCCAGAGAGAGUCGAUCCGGAUAGUGCUGAAAAAGAUGACGGCCUUGUAUUUCAAAGGAAAUUUGAAGCAUCGUCAAAUGUAUCUGGUCCUUCAUUACGAAAUGUGAUGAUGCGAUCAGGUACAUCUAUUGAAAGGAAGUUGAGUUUGUCACAUAGCGAACCCAACAUUGCAAAUACAUUUUGGCGACGCAGCCGUAGAAAGGCCAUUGCUGAACAGCGAACUGCUAGUUCCAGUCCAGAGCACCCUUCUUUCCGAGCACGUGGACGGUCAAUGCUUAGUGGUGAUAGAAAAUCAUUUAGAGAUUAUGUUGAUGACAUGGCUCCAUCAAGUAACUACAGGUCAGAUGGCGCAUCAACAUCAGAAGCUCGUAGAAUAAGAAGAAGAAGCAUUAGCAUUACUCCGGAGAUUGGUGAUGAUAUCGUAAGGGCUGUACGUGCAAUGAAUGAAACAUUGAAGCAAAAUCGUCUAUUGAGAGAGCAAGUUGAUGAAAGGUCAUUCUCCCCUUCAAAUGACACAAGUUCAGAUCUUCAGAAGAAUGCAUCCAGUUUCCAUCUUGAUGGUCAUCACAACAUAUCUAGUGGAAGGUCUGCUUUAUAUUCUCUUCCUCGAGACCAGAUAAGUUCUCAAAAGGCAAUGUCAUUACCCUCGUCACCAAAUGAAUAUCGUAGACAAACUUCUGAUAGAAGUGAGCCUUCUGAAUAUGGCCGAAAAGAUGAAUUAGUGUCAAUGUGGAAUAAGGUUCUUGAAUCUCCCAUGUUUCAAAAUAAACCUCUAUUGCCUUAUGAAGAAUGGAAUAUUGAUUUCUCAGAAUUGACUGUUGGAACUCGUGUCGGGAUUGGUUUCUUUGGAGAAGUUUUUCGCUGCAUAUGGAACGGAACAGAGGUCGCAGUCAAGGUUUUUCUAGAACAAGAUCUAACUGCUGAAAACAUGGAAGAUUUUUGCAAUGAGAUAUCCAUUCUCAGCCGUCUUCGACAUCCUAAUGUUAUUUUAUUUCUUGGUGCAUGCAUGAGGCCUCCACGCUUGUCAAUGGUUACUGAAUACAUGGAGAUGGGAUCCUUGUAUUAUUUGAUUCAAUUGAGCAGCAGUCAGCACAAGAAGCUUAGCUGGCGGAGGAGAUUGAAAAUGUUGCGUGAUAUCUGCAGGGGUUUGAUGUGCAUACAUCGGAUGAAGAUUGUUCAUCGUGACCUAAAAAGUGCGAACUGCCUUGUGAAUAAGCAUUGGACUGUCAAGAUCUGUGAUUUUGGGCUAUCGAGGAUAAUGACAGAAUCAUCUAUGAGAGACCCUGCGUCUGCAGGAACUCCAGAAUGGAUGGCUCCUGAACUUAUAAGAAAUGAACCCUUCACCGAGAAAUGUGAUAUUUUUAGCCUGGGGGUGGUGAUGUGGGAGCUUUGCACUUUAAGUAGGCCAUGGGAUGGGGUGCCACCAGAGAGGGUAGUUUAUGCCGUUGCUAAUAAGGGUUCCCGACUGGAGAUUCCCGAAGGUCCACUUGGCCAGCUAAUUUCAGAUUGUUGGGCGGAACCACAUGAACGGCCAAGCUGUGAGGAAAUACUUUCCCGGUUGCUCGACUGCGAGUACUCACUCUGCUGAAACAAUCUGUUUUUGCUUGUGUAUAUAAAGGAAGACAUUGUAGAGGUGUUACAUUGUGUUUCCGGCUUAAGUUGUAUGCAUGAAUAAUUUUUCCUGUCACUGUGAUAACAUGAGAUGAUUUCAUUUACCA